UCUUAAUAAUUAUAUUUUCUCGUAAUCGUAAGUGACCCGAGACCGAGAGUCUCUCGAAAGCACCUUCUUCUUCUUCUUCUUCUUCAAAUUCUUCUGCGUCUUUUCCCUCCCUAUUUCUCUCUUCUCAAGUCUCAACCUCGCUGGGUGGCUGGGCUGCGAUUAGGGCAACGCAUUGAAAAGUUGAAAACCCUAGGGACGAUGCCGCUCUUCGUCUCCGACGAGGAGUUCUCGCGGCAUGGAAACGACGCCGCAUCCCUCGCGGAUAGGGCCGACGCUUUCAUACGAGACCUCUACAAGGAGCUCGACACCGUCCGUGCUCAGGCCGAUGCAGCUUCCAUAACCGCCGAGCAAACCUGCUCUCUCCUCGAGCAGAAGUACCUCUCUCUUUCUGCUGACUUCUCCAACCUCCAGUCUCACAAUUCGCAGCUCCAAUCCUCUCUUGAUCAGCGCCUCUCAGAGCUUGCGCAACUCCAGGCACACAAACACCAGCUUCAUUUGCAAUCCAUUGGGAAAGAUGGCCAGAUUGAGAGGUUAACGACGGAUGUCUCUGAACUGCAUAAGUCCAAGAGGCAAUUACUAGAGUUGGUGCAGCAGAAAGAUUCAGAGAUUAGUGAAAAGAACGACUCCAUCAAGGCCUAUUUGGAUAAGAUUGUUAACAUGUCCGACAGUGCUGCCCAAAGGGAAGCCCGUUUGAGUGAAACUGAGGCAGAGUUGUCGCGCACCAAGGCUGCUUGUGCUCGUUAUUCUCAGGAGAAGGAACUCGUUGAGAGGCACAAUGCAUGGCUCAAUGAUGAGUUAACAGCCAAAGUUGAUAGUCUUAUUCAGCUGCGUAGAACGCAUGCUGAUCUUGAGGCAGAUUUGUCUUCCAAGCUUGCAGAUGUUGAGAGACAAUUUAAUGAAUGUUCUAGCUCUUUGCAAUGGAACAAGGAUAGAGUAAGAGAACUUGAAAUGAAGAUAACAGCAUUGCAGGAGGAAUUAUGCUCAGCAAAAAGUACUGCUGCAGCUAAUGAAGAGCAACUUUCUUCUGAACUCUCUACUGUAAAUAAGCUUGUUGAACUCUAUAAAGAGAGUUCGGAGGAAUGGUCGAAAAAGGCAGGAGAGCUUGAGGGUGUAAUUAAGGCUCUGGAGACACAUUUGAAGCAAGUUGAAAAUGAUUACAGAGAAAAACUUGAAAAUGAAGCAUCUAUGAGAAAACAAUUUGAAAAGGAGGCUGCAGAUCUGAAACUGAAACUGGAAAAAUGUGAAGCCGAUAUUGAAACAAGCCGCAAAGCAAAUGAACUGAAUCUUCUUCCUCUCAGUAAUUUUACUACUCAAAGCAGAUUGAUGGACUCAUUUGAAACUACUGAUAAUGCUUUGGAUGAUCGCAUGCUUGUCCCCAAGAUUCCUGUUGGUGUUUCAGGAACUGCCUUAGCAGCCUCACUUCUUCGUGAUGGUUGGAGUCUGGCGAAAAUGUAUGCAAAGUACCAAGAGGCAGUUGACGCUCUGAGGCAUGAGCAGUUGGGAAGGAAGGAAUCAGAGGCAGUAUUGCAACGAGUCCUAUAUGAACUAGAGGAGAAAGCCGAACUGAUUUUGGAUGAAAGAGCUGAACAUGAGAGAAUGGCUGAGGCAUACUCUAUGAUCAACCAGAAGUUGCAAAACUCGAUUUCUGAACAGGCAAAUUUGGAGAAAACCAUCCAGGAAUUAAAGGCUGAACUAAGGAGGAGCGAACGUGACUACACUUUUGCUCAGAAAGAGAUUGUUGACCUUCAGAAGCAGGUGACAGUUCUUUUAAAGGAGUGUCGGGAUAUACAAAUUCGUGGUGGAUCUGCUGGUCAUGAUAGUAUUGAUGAUGCCACGAUUGUUGCUUUUGGGAUGAAUGCAGACAUGGAUGCUGAGAAAGUCAUCUCGGAACGUCUUUUGACCUUCAAGGACAUAAAUGGACUGGUUGAGCAGAAUGUUCAGCUGAGGAGCCUUGUUCGGAAUCUUUCUGACCAGAUUGAAAAUAGAGAGUCGGAGUUCAAGGAAAAGCUUGAAAUGGAGCUCAAGAGGCAUACUGAUGAAGCUGCAUCAAGAGUUGCAGCAGUAUUGCAGAGGGCUGAAGAGCAAGGGCACAUGAUUGAAUCCCUUCACACCUCUGUAGCGAUGUACAAAAGGUUAUAUGAAGAGGAACAUAAACUUCAUUUGACUUCUAAUCACUCUGCCGAAGCUGCUCCAGAAGGAGAAAGAACCAACCUAAAGUUGCUUCUGGAAGGUUCUCAGGAAGCUUCUAUAAAGGCCAAAGAGCAGGUUGCUGAACAAGUAAAAUGUCUUGAAGAAGAGCUGUCAAAGUUUAGGAGUGAGGUCAUGCUAUUGCGUGCAGAGCGUGACAAGUUGGGCUUGGAAGCAAAUUUUGCUAGAGAAAGACUUGAUAGCUUUAUGAAAGAAUUGGAACAGCAGAGAAAAGAAACCAAUGGUGUUUUGGCAAGGAAUGUGGAAUUUUCCCAGUUAAUAGUUGACUACCAAAGAAAGCUGCGAGAAAGUUCUGAAUCAUUGCAUGCUGCUGAGGAAGUUUCUAGGAAGUUGACUAUGGAGGUAUCUGUUUUGAAGCGUGAAAAGGAAAUGUUAGUGCAUGCUGAGAAGAGAGCUUAUGAUGAAGUUCGCAGUUUGUCUGAGAGGGUUUAUCGCCUGCAGGCUAGUUUGGACACUAUCCAGAGUGCCGAGCAAAUUCGUGAGGAGGCAAGAGCAGCAGAGAGGAAAAAACAAGAAGAGUAUGUGAAACAAGUUGAGAGGGAGUGGGCUGAGGUUAAGAAGGAGCUGCAAGAAGAACGCGACAAUGUUCGAAGCUUAAAUCUUGAUCGGGAACAGACCAUAAAGAACUCAAUGAAACAAUUAGAAGAAAUGGGAAAGGACUUAGCUAAUGCUUUGCGAGCUGUUACAGCAGCUGAGACAAAGGCAGCAGUAGCAGAGGCAAAAUUGUCUGAUCUCGAGAAAAAGAUGAAAUCCUCAGAUGUCAAGGAUGUUGUGAUUGAUGGUGGGAGUACGACUUUCUUGGGUAAUGAGGUUGCUAUGGAAGAUAUUGAAAAAUUGAAAGAGGAAGCAAAAGCUUACAAGGAUCACAUGCUACAGUAUAAGAGCAUAGCUCAGGUAAAUGAAGAUGCACUAAAACAGAUGGAGACCGCCCAUGAAAAUUUCAGAACUGAGGCGGAAAAACUGAAGAGUUCCCUGGAAGCUCAAUUACUUUCACUUGGAGAGAGGAUUUCUGAACUAGAAAAUGAAUCUAGUUUGAAAUCUGAAGAAGUGGCUUCUGCUGCUGCAGAAAAAGAAGAGGCUCUUUCUUCUGCUUUAGCAGAAAUAACAAGUCUAAAAGAUGAAAAGUCAGCUAAUAUGUCCAAGAUUGUUGCAAUGGAGGUUCAGAUUUCUGCUUUAAAAGAAGAUCUGGAGACAGAACAUCAACGAUGGCGUGCUGCUCAGGCUAAUUACGAAAGACAGGUCAUUCUCCAAUCAGAGACAAUUCAAGAAUUGAAUAAAACUUCACAAGCUUUGGCUUCAGUUCAGGAGGAAGUUUCUGAGCUGCGCAAAUUGGCGGAUACCUACAGAAGUGAAAAUAAUGAACUAAAGGCUAAGUGGAAUUUUGAGAAAGUAAUGCUUGAGGAAUUGAAGAACAAUGCUGAGAAGAAGUAUAAUGAAGUCAAUGAGCAGAAUAAGAUACUGCAUAGUAGACUUGAGGCUAUACACAUUCAAUUGGCUGAGAAGGAUCGAUGUUCUUCUGGACCGUCUAGCGGAAGCACCGAUCCAGAUACUCCUGGUGAUGCUGGUUUGCAAAAUGUUAUUAAUUAUCUGCGACGAUCAAAGGAAAUUGCAGAGACAGAGAUUUCUUUGUUGAAACAAGAGAAAUUGCGUUUGCAAUCACAACUUGAGAGUGCUUUUAAGGCUGCAGAAGCUGCCCAAUCAUCACUUCAUUCUGAGCGUGCAAGUUCUAGAUCAUUAUUGUUUUCUGAGGAUGAAAUAAAAUCUUUGCAACUACAGGUUAGAGAAAUGAACUUGCUUCGUGAAAGCAAUAUACAGCUCAGAGAAGAGAACAAGCACAAUUUUGAGGAAUGUCAGAAACUGCGUGAAAUAGCCCAAAAAGCUAAUGUUGAGACUGAGAGCUUGGAGAGGGUCCUAAAGGAGAGAGAGAUUGAGGUGGAAGCUUGCAAGAAAGAAAUUGAAAUGCAAAAGUUGGAGAAGGAACAUUUGGAAAAGAGGGUUUCUGAGAUUCUAGAGAAGUCUAGAAAUAUUGAUGUGGAAGAUUAUGAUCGUUUGAAGGACGAGGUUCAGCAGUUGCAGGAAAAAGUAAAAGAGAAGGAUGCUCAGAUAGAGGAAAUUAAGAGACUUCUUUCUGAGAAGCAAGAAAUGGUAUCAAAACUAGAGCAAGAUCUCUCUAACUGCAGAAUAGAACUUACUGAAAGGGAAAGGAGGAUAAAUGAGAGUUUGCAAGUUGAGGCUAGUCUAAAGUCAGAUGUGGAGAAGCAGAGGAAGAUGGUUAUAAACAUUAAGAGGAGGUUUGAUGUUGUGUCAAAGGAAAAGGAUGGACUGAGCAAGGAGAAUCAAAAUCUUACUAAGCAGUUGGAGGAUGCCAAACAAGGUAAAAGAUCCGAAGCAGAAACUUCUGGUGAACAGGCCAUGAAGGAGAAAGACACUAGACUUCAGACUCUGGAGAAACACCUAGAGAGGCAGAGAGAAGAACUGAGAAAGGAAAGGGAAGAUAAUCGGUCUGAAAAACAAAGGCGUCAGAAGAAUGAGAAGGCUGUAGCAGAUUCGUAUAAUAAAGUUGUGCAGGAAAAAGCAAGGUUCAUAAAUGAACUGGAGAAACAUAAGCAGGCUUCAAAGCGUCUUUUUGAUGAACUUGAAAAGCUUAACCAUGCCAAAGAUAGUCUCCCAGAGGGUACAUCAGUGGAUCAACUUUAUUCUGGAGCCAUCUUGGAUGAUGAUGCUAAUACUUAUGUCUUGGCUGUUGAAAAUUUUAAAAAGGCAGCACAAUCAGUUGUCAGUGAGCUUGGAGCUCAUGUUGUUCCUGUAGACUCUAUGGACACUUCAUUACCCGCUACAUCUGGUUCAGUUGCUCCUGCACAGGUUCCUGUGUCCUCGCCUGCUCCUGCUACAAGUUUACCUCCCAAAGCAAGUGAAGAUAGUGAAAGGAGAUAUAAUUUGCCUAAAAACCGGAAGAAGUUGGUUCGUCCGCGACUUGUAAAACCGAAUGAACCACCUGUGGAUACAGUAAUGACUGAGAUGGAAGGGCCUAACAAUGUGGGUAAGCCCACCGCACAAUCCAAUGACACUGAAACUCAGGGAAAUAUUUCUUCUCUGGCACAACCGUUGCUUCGAAAACGCCUAGCUUCUUCAUCUGCUUCUGGGUCCCGUGAAGAAUUGGUUCCAAAAGAAGAAAGUGGCACUGAUGUGGUUGCACCUGUGCUCAAGAAAGCCAAAGGUUCAGAUUCCCCACAAGGGAGUGGUGAAGGACAAUCUAGUGCCAUUUUAGAAAAUGUUGAAACCCUUCCAGGCGUUGAAGAGUCUGGUGGUGUUGUUGAUUUGCCUCAAGUUUCAAAUGAGGAAACCCUUGAUGCUGAGAAAGAAGAGGUUGAGACCUCUGGAGAGAAGGCUGAAGAACCAAAGGAACCACAGUCAGAAGGCACGAGUCAGGUUGACUCCCAAAAUGAGAAGGACAAUAUUUCUGAAGAGAAUUUGGAUAGGACAGGUGGAAAAGAGCUGGUGUCUGAUGAUGGAGCACAUGAUCAUGUGGAACCAGAGAACCAACAAUCACUUAUGGAAAUUGGAAGUGAGAGAGAGGAGGGAGAGCUGGACCCUGAUGCUGCAGAUAUUGACGGUGCUGGUGGUGGGGCUACUGGAAGCCUUGAGUUAGGUGAGGGCCAACCUGAGCCUGGUGCAACUCCAGUGGCUUCUCCUUCUAGGAUUGAUGAUGAUGGUGUCGGGGAAUAUAAUGCUUCCCUUGAGGUGUUAAAUGAUGAGAAGAACGAUGAAGUAGAUGUAACUGAAGAAACUGCUGAAGGUUCUGAUAAAUCAAAUGAUGGUAAUGACCAGACUGCAGUGGAGAUUGAUCAGCCUGCUGAAGCUGCCUCGACACUUGCUGAGAGUUCAUCAACAAUUACUAGUGUUGUGAUGGAAGUGGGAGAGGUAAAACAGGUUUCUGCUGGGAGUAAUACGUCAAUUCCUACAGAGACUGGCGUUCAGAAACAAGGAAGCCCAAGUGUCGUGGAAGUUGAAGAGCCAAAACAGGUUUCUCCUGCAAGCACUACAUCAACCACUAUUAAUUUGUUGGAAAGAGCGAAGGAGAGGUCUGUGCUAAGACAAGCUGGAGUGGCCUCUCCACCCGGUAGAGGGCGUGGAAGACCAGCACCACGAGGUCGAGGAAUGCGUGGUGGACGUGGUGUACGCGGUGGGCGUGGACAAGCGUCUGGUGAUAAAGGUUAAGAUAGUAUAAUUUUACCUCUUGCAUUGUUUACUGAAUUUCUUUUCUACUUUUGAGACAUUAUAAUGGUAAAAUGUGGACUUCAUUUUAAAAAUACAUAAUAAAAAUUAGUUAUUUUGCUUGCAAAUAA